CGGCUGAGCGCGAGGCGAGGCGCGUCCCCGCGGCGGCGGCGGCGGCGGCGGGUGGGGGGCUGUCCGGGCACGCGCGCUCCCGCCCCGCCCGCAACAUGGCCGAAGUGGGCAUCGACCGCUCCAAGCUGCCGGGCGUCAAGGAAGUGUGUCGAGAUUUCGCUGUGCGGGAGGAUCACACGUUGGCCCACAGCCUGCAGGAACAGGAAAUCGAGCACCACUUGGCCACCAACAUCCAGCGAAACCGCCUGGUCAAACAUGACUUACAAAUGGCCAAAAAGCUGCAGGAGGAGGAAGACCGGAAGGCCAGGGCCCGCCUGCAGGAGCAGCACAAGAACUUAGAACAGCAAGACUGCGAGAUCGCCCAGGAAAUCCAAGUCAAACUGGUGAUCGAAGCCGAAGAGCAACGACGCCAGGAAGAGGAUGAUGAGGACAUCGCGCGGAUUCUGCAGCAGAAGGAGCUUCAGGAGGAGAAAAGGAGGAAGAAGCUGCCCCCGGAUCCCUUGCGCCUGGCUGCUUCUGAAGAAGCCCCCUGCCCGGAGAACAGAGACCGCUUGUCCGGGACUCCCUGGGAACCGGGGCCCAAAGACCCUCGGCCCGGGAGCGCUGAGGGGCAGCCCCCCCAAACGAGGGAGCCUUGGAGGGGGCCCCCGCUGGUUCCAGAGGGUCUUGACCUGGAGACUUGGGAGAGUGGCGAGGAAGCGAAGAAGAGCAAGGAUGGCCGGAGGAAGAACCGGGAGAAGCAGCGGGAGAGGAAGAAAGACGGACAUGAGAGGCCUCCCCGUCACAGGGGUCCUCCAGAGGUGGAGGAGGAAGAGGAAGAUGAAGCCCCCGACAGGGCCUGCAGUCGCCCCAACCGGGGCCAGGACAAAUCUCGGGGGCCACAUUUGCUGGUCUUGGAUGCAGAGCCACCCCGGGCCAGUCGAGGGACCAGGCCUCGGAGCCACGAAAGACCCCAAAGGACGCCCCCUCCUCUUGUGGGCCAAGAAGAGGAAUGGAGAAGUAGGCAUGGCAGCCGUGGGCCCCGAGGGCAGGGGGAACGGGGGCCGACCCCCAACGGGAGAGAGAGGCAAGCGGAAAGACGGUACGGCCAAAGCCCUUCUCCCAAUCCGGACCGUGGUGGGCUGCCACAUCAGGAGGAUCGUGGUUCCCCAAGGACCCCUGCCCAUCACGCCCAGCACUACGACUCGGACGCUGCCCACCGGCACCGGCCCAGGAGGGAGGCUGGAGAAAGGGAGCCCAGGGGGGCACGGGCCUCCCCCACCUCCCACCGCAGGGAGGGCAGGGACGGGGAAGGCAGGCGCCUCCGGAAUCCAGGGACAAAACCCCGGGGGUCAAAGGAAGACGUCUACGCCAGACCCCGAGUAGGGGCUUCCCGGGACCCCGAAGCCUACGAUGCCGAGAUUGCCUGGAAGUUACAGGAAGAGGAACUGCUGGCCAGCCAGGUGGACAGGAGGGCCGCACAAGUUGCUCAAGACGAGGAAAUAGCUCGCCUUCUGAUGGCAGAGGAGAAGAAAGCUUACAAAAAGGCCAAGGAACGGGAGAAGAAGAGGCCGGAUCAAGACUGGAAGCAGGAGCCUCCUGAGUCGGCGUGCGGACGGUCAAGGGAAGGAUAUGACCCCCACCGAGGCAGGAGCGAGAAGCCCACACGAGCUGCUCCCCCCUUGACCAAGGAGUUGGACCAUCCGCCUGGCCUUACGAAUCAGCAUAACCUGGCACAUCAGAUAUCCAAAUCGGAGUCAGCUCAUAAAGGUCACCCCUAUAAGCAGUAGGAGGAAACCUCCCUAGUCCCUUUUCCCCCCCUAUAGAUACUGACUUUCCAUGUAGCAGGCUUUAUUGCAUUUCUUCCAAGAGAUAUCCUGACGUCCUUUCGUUCUCCAAGGAGACCAUCCUUUCCAGCAGGAGAAUGUCCACAAACGGUGCCUCCUCCUCCUCCUCCUCCUCCUCCUUCAGCCUGUUGUAGGGCGAUGUUCUCUUUGCCUCUGUGUCAGGCUGGCCAGUUAAGUCCAGCCUUUGGGGCAUUCUCACCCCACCUGCACCCCAAGAAUCUCUUUCGAGCUUCCAAGACCUGGCUUUGUUGUCCAUAGUUUUCCAUUGGCCGAGCACAAGAGUAGGAUGUGGCCAGAUGGACAGCAGAGGAAGGCCAGGGAAGGGUGGAAUCAGUCAGCCAGGAAGGUGGUAGUCUUAUUGUCAUGAGAUGUCCAGGUGGCUGGGAUCAGGCCAGAGGAGGGUUCUGUGGUCAGACUGGGUUAUGGACCAACCUCAAACUUCUGGAGAUGUUUCCCCAAGCGCAUGUCCUUUCGCCUGGAAUUCUGAGCACUAUUUCUUGAGAAGAAGACUUCCAAAAAUGAGAGAGAGAGACAUGUCCAUGUCCUUUUCUGGGAAAGAAAAAUGGGAUUGCCCCCCCCCCCCCCCCCCCCCAGGAAACACUGGGUCAUUUUAGGAUGGGCCCAACAGUUUUGUACAUUUUUAGCUUAGCCCUUUCUUGUUUUCCAAACAUUUCCUGAAGGACAGGAACCAACAUGAGAUUAGCUUGUUUUCUUUUUUAAUUUUAAUUUCCAUCGACUCACAGAUACAUUCAUCAGAAACAUCAUUUGGGAUAAAUAAUGAUGACUCAGGUCUGUUUUAUUUUAAUUUUUUAAGCUUAGUUUUGAGCAUAGAAUUUAGACCCCGUCCUUAAGAUGCUGCAAAUGAGGCCUUGAGGGCCCUCAAACAACUUCUCUCACCCUUUAAACCCUCUCCCCAUCCAACAAGAUGCUUCAUCCGGUUCCCGAAUUUUUUGUUGUUCAGUUUUAAUAACCUUUUACGGGUCUUGCAAAGUACAGGGGUGUCGUGAACUGACCAAAAGUGCUGGAUUCACACAGCACAUUUAAGCCACAAGGGAAGAAGGGAAGCAAGAUUUAAAAUAAUCCAGUUUAGGAAAUGGGGGGUCAAUGCAGCUGUGGAUUUUUUUUUUUUACUGACCUGGUUAAAAGUGAUGUGUGAAUGUAAGCCAUGUGGAUGAGUAUUAGCACAUCAGCGUAUCUCAGUUUGAACAACUUGAAGAUGAAGUUGUUCAAAUUGAGAUAAACUGGCCUGAAUAGAUUUAGAAUAAAUCUUAAUAAAUCUUACAGAGUGGACAUCAAAUUCCAGUAUUUUUGAAAUAUUACAGCAAAAUGAAGCUUUUUUUUUUUUUAAAGUAUACUUUGGAACCAGUAAGGAGAGCAUCCAUAAUUAUUGGAAUUUUCAUAAUUUGAAAUGCAUUUGUAAGGGGGGGUGGGGAAAAAAAUGAAGCGUGGAAGCUGUUUUUGGAAAGUAUGAACCCUACCAGAAUAUCACAUGCAGAUUGAAAGUGCCUUCAACCCUUUUUUCUCCCUCGGGGAGCCCACCAGCUCUGUUGGACUGUGUGACCCACACAAUGUUGUGUUGUUUUGUGUUGUUGCGGGGAGUGGGGGGGGGCUAGCCAGGCGAGGACGAUGGCUUUCAAUGUAACUGGUGCGUUUAUUGCCACUCUUCUCUUUGCUGCUGGAGAAAAAAAAAUUUAAUUAAAAUCUCCAGGACAAAUUCGUCUGUAAGAGCCCCUCCCUCCCUGCCUCGCCUAGAUUUCGCUCUUGAAAUAUUAUGUUGUGAUAUUUUUUUCCCCAUAUUCAUUUUGAAGUCUUGUCUUGUGACGAUGCCAUGCUGAAGACGUCCAAUGUAUUCCCUAAUUUUGGUUCGGUUUGAUGUUUCUUGUCAUAUCCACUGGUUUCCUUUUUGUAUAUAGUUUUAUUUCGAUACGAUCUCUAUCAACCCUCCAA